AUGGCUGCAUCACUGCCAGUGAUUGAUUUCAGCAUAUGGCUGAAGGGCUCACCGGAGGAGAAGAAAAGGGUGGCCAAGGAUCUAGCUGAAGCUUGUCGGGGUGUUGGCUUUGUUUAUAUCGUCAACCAUGGCGUUACUCCCGAGCUUCUCGAUGAAGCCUUCGGGUGGUCGAAGAAGCUGUUUGAUCUGCCGGAGGAGAAGAAGAUGCUCGCACCCCACCCUCCAGGCCCCAAUGUCCAUCGCGGCUACUCCUGGCCAGGCCUGGAGAAAGUCUCUCAGUACAUCCACCAAGAUGACCAAGAUUCAGACAACGAGGAUGCCGAGCUCCGCAAAGUGCAGGACUGCAAAGAAUCGUAUGAGAUAGGCAGCGAAACUUUUGCCCAGCAGCCCAACCAGUGGCUUCCUGAAGAAGUCCUCCCUGGUUUCCGGAAAUUCAUGACGGGGUUCUACUGGUCAUGCUUCGACACCGCAAAAGAGCUUCUGCGUGCAAUGGCUAUGGGCAUAGGACUUGAUGACCCGGACUACCUGUUGAGAUUCCACAGCGGCGAGAAUAACCAGCUGCGGCUGCUGCACUAUCCGCCUGUUGAGACAGAGAAGCUCUCCAGUAAUGCCAUGGCAAGGAUGCCGGCACAUUCCGACUGGGGCUCAAUUACGAUGCUGUUUCAGGACGACUGUGGAGGACUGCAAGUUGAGCAUCCGAAGCGGCCAGGCGAAUUUGUGGACGCCACACCUAUGAAGGGCGCUCUUAUUAUGAACGUUGGAGACCUUCUCAUGCGCUGGAGUAACGACUACCUUAAGUCAACACUCCACCGAGUAACUUUGCCACCGUUGAUGAAAGAGCAGCCCGAAGGAGGCAAAGGUCUGACGAGAGCUCGCUACUCAAUCCCUUAUUUCGUCAGCCCAGACCCAACGUCCAUCAUAGAGUGUCUCCCUGCCUGCGCUAGCGGACAAAACCCACCAAAGUAUCCGCCAGUCCUGCAAGAUGACUACAGAAAGCUUCGGGCGAAACUGCAGUACUCGGACAAGCCUGAGGCGCCAGCCAAGCCGGUCACUGUGUCUUGA